AUGGGGGUGGAGGUGGAGGUAGAGUACAUGCCGGAGAAGGCCGAUAAGAAGAAGGAUGGAGGUUUGUCCAAUAAGAAGAAGCUGGAGUGCAGGAUGAAGAUUGCAGACCUCAAACAGAUAUGCAUCAGACCUGACGUUGUAGAGAAAGUUAAAGAUCCACUUCAAAAAGGCAACAGAGAGGGCUGGAUAUAA